AUGUCAACGAGCAAUAAAUCACCUUUAUAUUUAGAAUAUUUAGAACAAUUCAAAACAUCACCACCAUUAGAAAAUUCUAAAAUAACAAAUUCUACAGCCUUAUUUACAAUAUUUUUGCUAUUAUUAGCGUUUGGAUCAUUAUCGAUAGCUUUAUUAGGAGAUAUCAAAAAGAAGAAUUUUAUCACAUUUUUAUUAAAUUCAAUAGUAGCUUCAAUAAGCGUGGGAUAUAUGGUAGCAAGGGCACAACAAGAUGAAUAUGCUUUAGAUUCAAAUAUUUAUGAAUUAACUGCAAGAAAUUUCGAUAAAGUAAUACAUGGUACAAAUCACACAUCAAUAGUCAAAUUCUAUGCACCAUGGUGUGGUUACUGUCAGCAACUAAAACCCAUAUGGACUAAAUUAGGUAAGGCACUCGGCUCGCCAAGUUCAAAAUUGAACUAUAACAUUGCUAGUGUCAACUGUGAUAAGGAUGUUAAUAAACAAUUAUGUGCACAAUAUCAAAUUAGAGGGUUCCCAACAGUAAUGGUAUUUAGGCCACCAAAAUAUGAUAAAUCUAAGGUAAAUUCAAAAAGGUCAAGACAUGCUAGUGAAGUGUAUAAUGGUGAGAGAAAUGUAAAGGCUAUAACAAAUUUCUUAAAUUCAAGAUUGAAAAAUUACGUCAAGAAAUUACAUAACUUUGAAGAUGAUUUGAGUAACUGGUUGAACGAAGAGAAAGAGCAAGGAAAAAUAUUAUUGGUUUCAAGCUCCAAUCAAAUUAGCCCGCUUUUGAAAUCGAUCGCCAUAGACUUCUUAUCCAAAUUAAAUUUUGCAGCCAUCGGUAAAUUAAACAAGGAGACUAUAAAUGUUACUAAUUCAACUACUAAAAUUCCAGCAUCAGAGAAAUCAACGUUGAUCUAUUUUGAUCCAUCCAAGGAUGAGAUUGAAAUUUACACCGAAACGGAUAAAUUGAAUGACAAAAUCAAAAUCGAGGAAUGGAUACUCAAAGUAAGUGGUAUUAAACCAGUUGAAGGAGUUUUGUCUGAAAAAGGUAAGAAAUUAGCCAAAUACAGAUUACCUUCAACCAACAAAAGUAAAAAGAGUACAAAGAAAACCAAAGUUGAUCACGAUGAAUUGUGA